AUGAAAAUUUUAUAUCAAAUAUUUUCAUACAUUUUUUUAUUUCCAUUACUAACAAUUAGUGUCAAAAUUCACAAUCUCCCGUUAAAAUUUAAAGAUGGAAUAUUAACCGAUAUCUCAAGACUUGUAAUGAAAGUAGGAGAUAAAUUAGAAGUUCAUUGUCCAGAAAAAAUGCAUUUUACAUUAUAUAAAGUUAGUUCUUCAAUGGGUGAAGCAUGUGUUAUACCAGCACAUUCAACACAAAUUGUUGCUAUAUGUAAACCAGGUAUUACUGGUAAAAUUAUUAUAAGAUCUUCAACAGUUGGUAGGAUGAUGAAGGCAACAUUUACUGAAGGAGAAGAUGGAUAUAUUAUAUCUGUCAAUUCAGGAUUAGAUGAAAAAAUAAAAGCUAAUAGUGAUGAGAAUCAAUAUGGUGGACUUUGUUUAAAAUCUAAUUUAAAAAUUCCUUUUUCAAUUGUUACUGAAGAAGUACCAAAAGAAGAUAUUAUAAAUGUUGAUGAAAAUAUAAAUACUAAAAUAGAAAACUUUAUUAAUAAUCCAGUAACAAGAUUACCUGGAUCACGUAUUAAUGUACCAUCUGAAGAGAGAAAUCCUAUUGUACCUAGACAAUCUUCUGGACGAAUACCAUCUGAUCGUUUUAAAUAUUCUUCAAUAAAUGAAGAUGGUAAAUUUACAAAUGCAAACAAAGAAGCAAAAGUUGAAAGGUAUAUGGUUGAUAAAGUUAAACUUUAUCUUGAUGUCAAAGCUGCUAUUGAUAAUAAUCCAAAUUUAAAAUCAAAAACAAAAGUAGCUUUUAGUAAAGUAGAAAAUUAUUUCCGUGGUUUAAUACAAUUCACUGAAAAAGAAAUAAGAGAUCUGAUAGAACUUUUUGAAUUACAUCAAGAUUCAGAUUAUGAUAUUGGUUAUGAAGAAUUAACAAGAGAUAGUUCUGGUAGUGGUACAACAAUAAUAAUUGUAUCAUUACUUGCUGCAUUUAUGUUUUUGACUGGACUAACGAUUAUUGUUAUUAUAAAACACUUGAAAUAA